GGGAAUGACCAUGGAUAAAAGUGAGCUUGUACAGAAAGCUAAACUCGCUGAGCAGGCCGAGCGCUAUGAUGAUAUGGCCUCAGCCAUGAAGGCGGUCACAGAGCAAGGACACGAACUCUCCAAUGAAGAGAGAAACCUGCUCUCAGUCGCCUACAAGAACGUAGUGGGUGCCCGCCGUUCUUCCUGGCGCGUCAUCUCCAGUAUCGAACAGAAGACGGAAAGAAAUGAGAAGAAGCAGCAGAUGGGCAAGGAAUACCGUGAGAAGAUCGAAGCUGAGCUGCAGGACAUAUGCAAUGAUGUGCUGGAGCUGUUGGACAAAUACCUUAUUCCCAAUGCUACACAACCAGAAAGUAAGGUAUUCUACUUGAAAAUGAAAGGCGAUUACUUUAGAUAUCUUUCUGAGGUGGCAUCUGGAGACAAUAAGCAAACCACUGUGUCGAACUCUCAGCAGGCUUACCAGGAAGCUUUUGAAAUUAGUAAGAAAGAAAUGCAGCCUACACAUCCAAUUCGACUUGGUUUGGCACUGAAUUUCUCGGUGUUUUACUAUGAGAUCCUCAACUCCCCUGAAAAAGCUUGCAGCUUGGCGAAAACGGCAUUUGAUGAAGCAAUUGCUGAGCUGGAUACACUGAAUGAAGAAUCUUACAAAGACAGUACUCUGAUCAUGCAGUUGCUUAGGGACAAUCUCACUCUGUGGACGUCGGAAAACCAGGGAGAUGAAGGAGAUGCUGGGGAGGGAGAGAAUUAAUGUCUGUCAUGCUUCAUGAUCUGUUCACUGUCACUCUGUACCCUCCACAUAUAUCCCUUUGUGCGAUGAUAAAAAAAAUAAGAGAGAGAUCGUACAUUGACUUCCGAUUUUUCACAGCCUCAGCCUAACAAAAAUGGUUCAUGGGAUGAACAGCUGGUAUUUGUAUCUAAACCUCAGAUUGGUCACAUAAAUGCCACGGCAUUCAGAAGUUUGGAUUUUGAUUAACAUUGCCAGGAUUACUGUGUGUUUAAUUUUUUAAAACUGAACACUGUGAUUAUGGGGUUUUGUAACUUAGCAGAACUCUUAUUGGUAGAAAAAAUAGACCUGAAAUACAUGUAACUUUUUGGAAAGCUUAAUCUGAUCUCAAGAAUCACUGAAUGCAGUUCCAUUGUAAAGUUGUACAGAAAGUUAUAGAAAUUAUAUUGCAAUGCUGGGACUUAGCUUGCGACACCUACCACUUACGGCGUUCAAGUUUAAUGGUGAUUCACAGUGAUUCUGCCUGUGGUUCAGGCUGUAUACACACACUUGACCAGUUUGGGCUGUUGCCACUCCAAAGUUCAUGACUGCAGAUGUCUGCAGGGUCAUCUGAGGAGACUCAAGGCCAAAAUUGAAAUCCUUUGUGACAGAUACUGAUCUAUGACAUUUUGAAGAGGUCCAAUACCCCUCUCACGUGUGACUAAAACCCUUUCCUACAGCAAUAUGUUACUGAUUUGCAACUGCUUCAGUAGUUUUCCUUGUAACCACGAGCUUAAGAAAGCCGUGUAUAUGAUGACUGGCCUUACAUGUUUCCUGGAAAAAAUCUACCAGAUUAAUGUUCUGCAAUGAUUCGCUUUCCACCUGAGGAGGACUCCGUCUUCGGGUUCUUCCAGCUGGGUCCUCUAAAAGUUUGAAAUUGAAACAUUCUUCCCCACUGCCCAUUUUCACGGUUGGCAUUGAUUUCUCUUCUCUCUUUUAAUUUCUGUUCUGCUUUUGUACUUUAUUGUACUUUUGUUUGAAUUCUAUUUUUAUUUGAUGACUGUUUGAUACUACCUGGGCAGGGGUGGAGACCUGGAGGGGUGAGAGAAGACAUGAGUACUUGCGCAGGGGCCUUGUUUUCAGAGGUAGGGAGGCCUUCUGGCCCCAGAGCUCCUGUUUUCCUCCAGUUCUUAACACCAUAGUAGCUCCACAGAUUUGGGUCAAUAAAGUAUUUUUAAAUAGC